UCCUGUUUCCCGGAUGCCACACUACUUAGGUGGCCUCCGUCUUCAGUGGCUGGGAUGAUCCCAUCCCUGAUGUCCAGAGUUGGGGGUCAACCCAAAGACAAAGGCGUGAAGACUCUUCCUGGGUCUGAUCCCAUAGGAGCCCAGUGGCCAGGAGGAGUCGAUGGCCACACCAGGACUGACCGGUGCUUCCUUUUGUCACAUGACUGGAAGACGUGGUCCCGCCUGCUGCGUCUAGCGGCCUCAUCCCGAUGCAGGCCCCCCAAUCCUUGGCAGUAGAGUUACUGUCACCUCACUUCAUGUCCCAGCAGCCAUUGCAGUUGUCGUAAUCGCAGCACACUCACUGACUUGAGCAGAGUUGUGUUUCUUGAAAGUCACCUCGCAUGAUGUCCACCCGAUCGGCGCUGCCAGCCCCCCGUCCCCUGUCCCCUACACGUGCGUCGCAUUUCAUGGGCCUGUCAGAUCUGCACUGUUCUUUAUCCCACAACGCAUCGUGACGGCUCGUUUCACUCCGCCAUCGUAUUGAGGUCGACUUUGUCUCUGUUGAGACGUGAAGAUUUUAUUUUGAGGCCACAAUGUGAUCAGUUUGUUGAAAGUCCCUGCCUUGUCACCUGCUGUUUGUCCCCCACUGAGUCCUGAACUUUUGCUCGACUCUUCUCUGUCUUCUUUCAGUCCCGGUAGUCGCUGAGCCUCCAAAGGUGACCACAAUGACGACCACCACAUCGGCACAGACUUUAACGACCGAGGCUCCAGAAACCACGACGGCCGUCCCAAGCGAAACACCGCAGGCCAAAGUGGGCGAAUCAGACACCAAAAGAGAUGAGAAGAGUGCAGAAGAAGAGAAGGCUGAGGAACGAGUGAGCAACAUGGAGGAAGAAAAGAGGACCAAGGACGAGGAGGAGGAGGAGGAGGAGGAGAAGAAGGGGCGAGAGAAAGACAAAGAAGGUGGGGCUCACCUCCUGCCAUCUCGUAUCAUGGUUUUUGAAGCCCGUCCCGUAGAUCCGAUGUCUCCCACCUCCACUUCUGCUUCCUUGAUGUUGUCUUGAGCCCACCCUGCCACUCUGAUCGUCUUAAUGGUUUAUGAGGCCCGUCCCACACUGUAGUCCAGACGUUUCACAACUUGUCUCGUGCCCAUCCUGCCACUCUGAUGGUUUAUGAGGCCCGUCCCGUACCGUAGAUCCGAUGCCCCCCACUGCCACUCCCACCUCCACGAUGCACCUUUCAUUGUUUCGUAGGAUGAAUGGCCGGGAGGGGGAGGGGUUUAUUAAUCUCUCUGGUCUCGAUGGCUUUGGUGUUGGCGACUGGUGACCUCAUCAGAGUUGUCAUAAAGACAAUCGUGGACUCGAUAAGUCAGUCCAAGGAGUCACCCCGAUGAACCACCUCCAUGCCAUCAGGUUUUUUCCGAUUUCUUUGUCCCGAUUGUUCCACAAAAUAAUUAUUUCCAAACGUUUUACCGACGCCUUUGCCCUCAACCCAAGUAUCGUUAAUGGCUGGCAUUAGCAUGUGAUGCCCGCCUCCCCCAUGCCCACACCGGACACAGCUGGCCUCAGUUUAGGGUGAGGAAGCUCAAGUGGGAGCCAUAGGGGUGUUUUGUGCGCCUCGUCCCACUUGUUGUAUCGUUGGUCUCAUUUCCUUCCUAAAUGAGUGGGUCAAGCAUUUUGGGAUUUUCGAAGACCACCCUGAGACCUCCAGAGUCGGUGUCACCGCUCAAUUACUAAGUUGAGGGAGGGGCCAGUCACCCUCGUGUCCCGCUGCCCACCUGAGGCUCCGCACAUUCCUGGCUGUCCAGUCUGCCAGCUCAAAAUGACUCUGGAGGGUCUCGGUGGUCUUAACAUUUCAUGAUGCAG